AUGCAACAUUUCCCAUAUCUCUUGCGCCAGUCUCACGACACGGUUUCUGAUGAAGACUGGCAGGCUUAUACCGAUGCGUCUGGGGAGCAUCCGAAUGUUUUGGCUAGCAGAGUCGUUUUUUUCCCGACCUACAUCAAGCCCCGAUUCUUGCAAUUGUUGGUCAUGCUACGACCACGGUCUCUCGCAAUCUUAGCCCAUAUAAUCGCCAUUUCUUCGAGUGUCAAAAAUUGUUGGAUCAUUGCGCGGACUCCUUUCCGGGAGAUAAAUGCCAUCCACGAAUAUCUGGGUCCUGAAUGGAGUCAAUAUACAGAAUGGCCGAUGGACCUGGUGCGCCAUAUGUCCGACAAAGCAUAG